UUGCUUCAGUCAAAGCUUGUAUAAAUGGUUCAAGCAUGAGACUUUAGCUCUUUUUCUCAAUGCCUUGUCUCGCCUUUACAAGAUAUAGAGGACAUGGAUGGUGGACCAAUAUGAGCAAAAAGACGCAAGGUAGCCUUGAAGGAGGAAACAGUCAUGCAAUUGAGAUGUGAAAUGAAGGAAUAAUGCAGUCAUCUAUAAGCCAAUCCUCUAUGGGGUCACUGCUGCUACUCUCCCGGUUCUCACACACUGUCACUACUGUCAACUCGCACGCUCGGCUGGUUUGGACUCACGUCAAUGGAGAUGGAGAUUUGUUCAGCCAAAUUGCCAAAUCUGUUGGAAGUGAACUGUCUCGGUCAAGUCUAAUCCUUAAGGUCAUCCAUAAUGGCAAAAUCCUGGAACAACUUGACCUUGGACAACAUGUUGGUGGUGGCAUAAAGGAGCCCCGAUCAAGUCAAAAUGAUGCAGGUUCGAAGCCAGCCUUUGCAGUCAUGGUCAAACUGCCUUGCAUUGCGAUCAAGUAUCUGCAGGAUGAAAUUCAUCUGCGUCGAUUCCAGGUCAGGUUCGCCAGAGACAGCGAUUACUACACGGCUUUGUCUAUGAUUAGUAGUAUCAAUUGUCCUCUGGCAGAUGGUACCUUGCCGUCCUCGCGUUUACCAACCACGGCCCAGAUGGCGAAUAAUCCCCCUCACCCGAUGAUCACACCAGAAAGCAAUACAUCGGGACCAUUCAACCAUAUGGCCCGAACCGCAUCUGGUUUUGAGACAUUGGCCUCCAAUGCCCCGUCUACCUCCUCAACCAAGGUUUAUCAACCCGUCGUCGGUGCCUUGCAGAAUUCAAUGACGAUGCAAAGCUUAGGUGCUGUCAAUGAAACCACAUUCAAACGCGGCCUUCUUGGCAUCAAACCCCAGUCAGGCGCUGCAACAACCCAACGAGUUCCUUCACGUCAGUCAACUGGACCGAUUUAUCACGACAAGGAACUCAAUCAGAUACUGCCCCCAAAGAGGGACUUACCAUUUCUAAAGCCAAAGUCGAAAAUGUCUCGCGCCGACACCUCGAGUCUGAGAUCAAGCCAGCAAGUCAUCCCCGAAUCCUCAUAUCCGGACCCUAUCCCGGAACCAAUGGAAUCGUCGAUGUCCGAUUCGCAAUCCCAGCAACUCAUUCAGACACAGCCCUACCCAGAAGCAAUGGAGACAAUGGAGCCGUCUCAGAUUUCCUCGCACGUCCAGCCUACGCUGCCUUACCCCGGAGCCAACACUCAGACGCAGCAGCCAGUCCCUGAGCCUUUGGCGGCUGGGUCUACCAAGGGGUUUCAGGACGAUGGACAUGUCAAUGCGACAAAUGUGCAAGCUUCUGGGUCGGCGGCACGCUCAACAGAAGAGCAGUUGUCGAUGUACCUCAAGUCGCCAACUCCAGCGCGUACCGCCUUCCUCAGCACCUGGAUGUGCGAGUUGAUCCAAGACGACGACUUUGUUACCCUUUGUGAGGAUGUUGAGGGGACGUGGCGGCGAUUCGCUUUCGGAAUGAAGCCGUGAUGGCGAGUGAGGGACAAGUGAGUCCUUGUGAUGGCGAGCUGUGAUACUAAUUACAUCUGCUAUUCAGCGGUCUGCUUAUUCGGUUCAUAAUUGAAUCCUGCUCUUGCUUGCAUGUCUGCGUAUAUCCUACUGUGUAAGACUUUAAUGACUCAGUAUAUCAUAUAUAGUGAAGCGAAUUACUUUGAUCUUCUCAUAUAAUUCUACUUAGAAUAGCAGGUAAGUUGACAAGUAAUGGCGGGAGCGACCUAGUCAUCCCCGGAACCAGAGAAGAAAACGGAGCCGAAGAGCAGCGCGUGCAGAUUCGAGGUAAUGAGGAAGAUACCAACCGUCAAAUUUCCGUGGAAGAAUAUUAAAAAAGAGCACGAAGUAGGGACGCAAGUUAUAAAGAGUUGUGCAGAGUACUCGAAUGGGAACAGGGGGUUUGCCAAACGACCCAACUCAAUAGACGUCCCUGAGAAGGGACAUGAGACGAGAGGGGAGAAAAAGGAACAAGCGGUGACAGGAAAGCACCUCAACGAGUCCGGCGGUAGAUAAGACCAGAGAAUACGUUCAGGUAACCUUCCUUGGUGAGCAUCGUGAAAUCCACCACAACGCGGCCACUGCUACCACCGACUUGCGCAAGCUGCGGCGCAAGGUUUGGCGAUGUCUCGCCCUGAUCAGCAGACAGCCCCGGAGGCGGCGUCGACGCGUUCUGGCCAACCGAGCCCUCGGCACCCACGGCCAGGUCGGCCAAGUGCUGGAGUGAACGCUGUUCGUUCGGGCCCAUGACCGGCGGCUGGGAACCCGCACCAACCUUGACUGCCCCACCGGCUUCGUGAAGAAGUGACUCCUGAGACUUUGCGCGGCGCCACUCGAGGAAGACGCGAAUUUUGGCGUCCCAACCGGGCGUCCCAAAGAUAUUGCCAAACUCAGCACUCUCCAUGGAGCGCUUGGCGCGACGGUCGAGAAUCUCUUCCACUUUUUCGAGCGAAUUCCAGCAUUCAUCACUAUGCUCGGACAGAACGGUUGCCUCGAGAAGAGUCAUUGAGGCGAGAGCCAGGCUGUGGAGAUCGAAUGGGGUGGAAAGGCGGUUUUGGAGGGUUGCCUUGUGCAGCUCGUUGAUGACUUCCUGGGCACAGUAAAUAAUCUCGUAGGGGCUGUAGAUAAAGACGUGACGCUUGAUCAGGAGGCGAACAGUCCAGUAGAGCUGGGCUUGGAGGCUUUCGAAAAGCGGACGGAUGGUGCUUUCGGGCAUCUCAUGCACCUUGAAGAUAUCCUCCAUCUCCGCGAGCCGCUCGAGUGAAGCGACCAUGUUGGCGCCCACCAUGCGACCAAGGCCGGUAUUGGUUUGGCAGACGUUGUGCUCCACAGUGGCCAGG